CCACUUAGCCAAGUCAAUCCCCGUCGGUUUUUCACCCCGAAAUCGCAGGGUUUUGGGACGCGUUUAGGGGUUUAAGGCCGUCUUACACAACUCUUCGCCCACUCAGUAGUCGUGGGUGGGACUCAGAGAGCCAGUAGUGCUCACCGAUUCCCCUUCUCAAAUUAGGGUUUUUUGGCGGCUAGGUUUUGACUCAAUCCCAAUUACAAUUUGAUUUCUCUGCAAAUCCUAUUGCUUCCAGGCUUUAUGCGUUCCCUGUCCUUUGAUAUAAAAGUUCAUUUCUCCAACUCCAAUUUGGUUUUUUAGCCCCAGUUAUCCUCUGGGUGUCUUGAUCAAAUUUGACACUCCAAGUUGUGAACUUUGAUCAUCCCCCUCAUCAGGGUUGGUGGGUUUGUGAAUAAAUUUGGGAUUUUGCACAGGUUUUGUGAUUUGGGUUUUCUGGAAUUGGACUCUGCCUGUUGAUCUGAUUGUGUUAUCUGGUGCAGUUCUUUGAUUCUUGCUUGCUAUCAUACAUUGAAUUUGUAUAGGAUUUGUUGGGGGAUUGAAAGUUUUGAUCUUUAUUUGAUUGGUUUACAGAGGAAAGUUUCCGCUCUAGAGUAGUUUUCUGAGGUAUGAAUUUUUCUGAUCACUCACAAUUUAGGCCACCGCAAACGCCUUACAAUGGCGGUGGCAGUGACGUGGUUAAUUGCUGGCCGCCUGCGUUUUCAAUGAACAAUGAUGACCAGCAUUCUCAGGUUGAGCAGCAACCUUUUAAAAGGGCUAGGAAUUCUGAAGAACGCCAAUCGAAUCCGAUGCCAUACCCGCCGAUGAACUAUAGGGUUCAGCAGCCGAGUGCCCCAGUUAACAAGGGAGCAAGCAACAUUUUCUAUAAGACCCGUUUGUGUGUAAAUUUUAAAUCCGGUAUGUGUAGGAAUGGUGAGAAUUGUAACUAUGCACAUGGCAUUGAAGAUAUCCGCCAUCCCCCGCCCAAUUGGCAAGAACUUGUUUCCAUACGUGAUGAGGAUCGGCCAUUGUCUGGUAAUUGGGAUGAUGAUCAGAAAAUAAUCCACAGGAUGAAGCUGUGCAAGAAGUUUUAUAAUGGUGAGGAGUGUCCUUAUGGAGAUAGGUGUAACUUUCUUCAUGAAGAGCCAUCAAAGUUUAGGGAUGAUUCGGGUAGGUUUAGGGAGAACACAGCAAUAAGCAUUGGAACUACAGGAGCACCAGUGGCUCAUGGGAGUGGCUCUAAUCCUCCUGAGGAAAAUAGGCUUGUAAACGCGGGUAUGGAUGCUUCCCGGGGAAAUGUGAAGCCAGUGUAUUGGAAGACAAAGUUAUGUAAUAAGUGGGAGACAACGGGUAAAUGCCCCUUCAGCGAGAAAUGUCACUUUGCUCACGGGCUAACAGAGUUGCAAGCGCCCGGUGGACGUACCGUUGAGGCAGAAUUUCUGAAUACCCCUCCCCUUCCGAUACCCCAAGUUGUUGCUGCUGUCAACUCAUCCGCAACCGCAAUAGCAGCACUUCCUGCUUUAAACAACGAUGGGGGGCAGAGGAAGAAGGGCAUGCUAAAAUGGAAAGGGUCCAAGAAGAUCAAUCGCAUAUACGCUGACUGGCUUGAUGAUGUUCCGCUGGUGCACCAGCACAACUUAGUCGAGAGCUAAAUUUGAGUUCAAGCUCUUAUCUCGGAGGCAUUUUUGAGUUGGUUCAAGAAUUCCAGAGUGCUGGUGCCAAGUUUCGAAAUUUUUGCUGUUAGAGGAUAAUUUGAUUACGGCGUUUGAUCAUUGUCUGUUGGUCAGGUCUAUAGGUUUCUGGUUCUUGUUAUUUAUAGUAUUGGUUCCUCUAUCCUCAAUAGAGAUUGUUCUAAUAAUGUUGCCAAAACUAGCUCUUGUUUUUUGAAAGAUCAAAUAAAGCUUUUAUGUUCAAUUUCCA